GCCCCACAGCUGUUUCUCUUCUCUUCUCCGUCUCACGUCCCAGCAUCUCCGCCUCAAGAGGGCGGCGCCGGCCGCAGAUGGCGUAAGCACGUCGGAUCCGAUCAUCGCCUCGCCGCGUCGGCUUUGAUCUCUUGGGUCUGGAUUGCUCGACGAAGAGAAAUCCUUUGCGGAUUUUGAAGUGUUCUUACGGAAUGAUACUUGAUUUUGAUGGAAUUGAACUAUUUUGAGCCACUGUAGCGUAUCUCAAUGAGCUCGUGAACGAUUUUGCUGUGUAUUAUUUGGGAUUUGGGAAGAUUUUAGCUCCGUGCAUUCUUUUCAAAAGAAAACGCUGAAGAAAACUCUGAUUUGGUUGCUAAAUUGUUGCUUCGAUUUGUUUAUGUGAAUUUCUACCACCGACAACAAGGGUUUCUCCCCCGAGAAAAUGGCUGUGGCUUUUACUCGUUUUUCUUGCUGGAUUUGGGGCGGAAAGGAUCGGCAAUCCUCCAAGUCAUCCCUGAGCUCGUCUUCCGAGCUCCCUCCAGGCUUUAUGGAGCCGGACUACUUGAAGUUUCCUCCGGCGAAUGGGCCUAAGAUAAGGUCGAAUUCAAGAAACAUCAAGAAGAAGCGGCAGAGCCGAGAAGAGCGGCGGAUGGACAAAGAGUAUGACAUUGUCCUUGUGCCCUCGGAUGGUGUAUGCAUGUCGGAGUCUGAAUCCGAUGAGUCGGAUUGGUCGAUCGGCUGGUCGGAACCUCACGCCCCUGACUUCCAAAGCGACAGUGAGACCGAGAGCAGCUUUGCUGUCUUGGUACGGUGCUACGGCCGUGGUCGUUCUGAGCAGGCACACAGCUCCAAAACUCACGUAUUGGGAGCACUUGAAUACAUGGGCGAUGCUUCCUCUGAUGGAAAGAAGUACAUUGAAGAAUGGCUUUCCUCCCUCAACUGAACAAAGCUAGCCGUCUUUUGUGAUACUAUUUACAACCCUUUGAACGUUUGAUAGCCAUAUCAGGAAUUGCUUUUAUCGGCCAUUGCAAUGAUGUUGGUGUGUAAGUAAAAUGAAGUGUAAUCAUGGAGCCUUACUUUUCCAAUUUCGUUGUAAAUAUAAUGAACAUCAUUAUCUUAUUUAAUCUUAUUGCUAA